GGAAGAAGAAAGGACGUUAUUCUGGAUAGACGUUUUCGAAAUCUUCCGAUGAAAUGCAGGGGGAUUUUCCGAAAAGAAAUCUAUAAGCAAUACGUCCUUUAACAAAAAAACUUUCCCUAUAUGACCUGGAGCCUAUGCAGUAUGCAGUCCUGCACAGUCUACGUACAAAUAAUAAUAUGAAUGUCACUACGAGCCCUUGGUCAAAGAAAACUGGGUGAACGGGGUUUUUUUUUCUUCCCGGAGAGGACAGACGGUUGGGCGCAAGGAAAGAGUCCUUGAAUCACCACGAAAAUGCUUUGUGAACCAACGCCGUCACACUGAAGUCUUCGACAUUAUUAGAAUCACACCUUGUGGACGAUGUAUAAAAGUGGAGGCUACCAAAUUUCAAAGCACAGUUGACAGUUGUUCUCUGUGUUGGCUGGCAAACUGAUUCAACAUGCCCAAGGUUAACGUAAAUACCAUGAAAUGUUUUCUGUUAUUCGGAUUGGUGCUAAUCCAUGGCACUGAAGCAACCAAAGGAAAAGGAAGAGGCGGAGGUUACGGUGGAGGUAUGAGCUACGGCGGCGGAGGACACGGAGGUGGAGGUUAUGGCGGCGGUGGGCACGGAGGCGGCGGUGGAGGAUACGGUGCUGCACCUCCCCCACAAAUAAUUUAUAUCCCUGCCCCUCAGCCUAUCAUUGUACCGGCUCCUCAACCAAUGGUUCAUCACCAGCCAGCACCUAGGCCUGCACCUUCUUACGGUGGGCCAAGUGGAGGUCAUGGAGGGGGUGGUUAUGGCGGAGGUCAGAUGGGAGGUGGUUCCUACGGAGGAUCAGCAGGAGGUGGACAUAGAGGUCCCCAAUCUAGCGGUUACGGAGGCUCUUCAGGAGCUGCACCUGUCCACGUACAUGUUCACGCUCCUGCUCCGGUCGCUGCACCAGUUCAUCACGCGGCUCCGAUGCCUUCUUAUGGUGGGGGUAGUCACGGAGGACAAGCUGGUGGCUACGGAGGAGCUGUAGGAGGUGGACAGGGGGGUAGUCAGUCCUCUGGCUAUGGAGGAUCGAUGGGUGGUGGACACGGAGGCCAUGGAGGACCGGCAGGUUAUGCUCCUGGUCCAGUCGCUCCACCACCUCAUCAGGCCCCAAUGCCUUCUUACGGAGGUUCUGUAGGAGGAGGUCAGGGCGAACAAGCUGGUGGCCAUGGAGGUGCAACAGGAGCAGGGCACGGUGGACAAGCUGGUGGAUAUGGAGGCUCUGCAGGAGGAGGUCAUGGAGCUGGUGGUUACGGUGGAUCAGUCGGAGGUGGUUAUCCUUCUGCCCCGGUAGCCCCACCUCAUCAGCCGGCUUCAGUCGCCUCUUACGGCCCUCCACCCCAAUCCGCUGGAGGAUACUAGAUCAUUUUCAUCCAUCCUAUUGCUCCAAUUUCAAAAUCCAUUUCGAACGUUUUCCUACCAAAGCAGUCAUUCAACUCUUUUGUAAACGCCGUAUAAAUAUUUUGCGUGGUUUGUAAUAAACGGAUUACUUCAGUA